GGGGCUCUUUCCGAAAACCUAAGCGUACGCCGUUGAGUCAAAAUCGAUCACCCCGUGGCGCCGGUUACGUCAUUCUAGGAUUUAACACGCUUUCGGAGCCAUAUCUGUGGAGGCUGGAGGUGUCGCCUCAAAAUCAGAUUUGGAAGUUGAGCUGGAAGGCGUGAGAUUGACUCCGGGAACAGUUUUGUAGCCGGAUUAAGCUACCUGUGGGGAUCUCAAGACCCCUGCCUCUCUCUGAACGUCACCUGUGAGAAUCAAACCGCUGUGACUCCCGGCUACCGGGCACUCCAGACGGCGACGACCGGUCUCCCGUUGCCCCGGACCUCUGAAGGUCUUAUAAUUCCCGCUUGACGGAGCUGGAGGAGCUGCUCGAAGACGCUGCCGUCCAUCACAGAGGGGUCUUUCAACCUCAUGAUGUUCGCGAUAAAACACUAGACCAGGACAUCGUUGAAAGCACCAAACGGGAACACAAGAUAGUCACCCAGAUGAUGGCUGCAGCAGCCGACGGUUUGGGAAGUAUAGCGUUAGACACGACCCAGCUGCAGAUGUCCGUCACCGAUCCAACAGCCUGGGCCACGGCCAUGAAUAACCUGGGGAUGGUCCCGGUCGGAUUGGCCGGGCAGCAGCUUGUGUCGGAUUCGAUCUGCGUGCCGAGCUUCGACCCAAGCCUCAAUAUGAUGGCCGGAAUUACUCCGAUUAACCCGAUGAUGCCGGGCUUGGGGCUGGUCGCGCCGCCCCCGCCGCCGGACGUAUCUGUCGUUAAGGAGAUCAUUCACUGCAAGAGCUGCACGCUCUUUCCUCCGAACCCGAAUCUCCCACCACCUUCCACGAGAGAAAGACCUCCUGGGUGUAAGACGGUAUUUGUCGGCGGAUUACCAGAAAACGCAACUGAGGAAAUUAUUCAAGAAGUCUUUGAACAGUGCGGUGAUAUUACCGCAAUCCGGAAGAGCAAGAAGAACUUUUGUCAUAUUCGAUUUGCAGAGGAGUUCAUGGUUGAUAAAGCCAUUUAUCUAUCGGGCUACCGCAUGAGAUUGGGUUCCAGCACCGACAAAAAGGAUUCCGGGCGCCUCCACGUAGACUUCGCUCAGGCAAGAGAUGACUUUUAUGAAUGGGAGUGCAAGCAAAGGAUGCUAGCCAGGGAAGAACGUCACCGGCGCAAGCUGGAAGAAGAUCGGCUCCGGCCUCCCUCGCCUCCGGCAAUAAUGCAUUAUUCUGAACACGAGGCCACACUGCUGGCUGAGAAGCUAAAAGAUGAUGGGAAGUUUUCCGAAGCCAUCACAGUUCUGCUCACCUGGAUUGAACGGGGCGAGGUCAAUCGCCGCUCCGCGAACCAGUUCUACUCCAUGGUGCAGUCGGCCAACAGCCACGUCCGCCGACUCAUGAACGAGAAGGCCGCUCACGAGGAAGAGAUGGAGCAGGCCAAGGAGAGCUUUAAAAAUGCCCUCUCGGGGAUCCUUACACAAUUUGAGCAGAUUGUGGCCGUUUUCAACGCUUCUGCCAGACAAAAAGCAUGGGACCAUUUCUCGAAAGCUCAGCGCAAGAACAUAGACAUUUGGAGAAAGCAUUCUGAGGAGCUUCGGAACGCUCACAGCGAACAGCUCAUGGGGAUACGUCGGGAGGAGGAAAUGGAAAUGUCCGAUGAUGACAGCAUCGAUAACCCUAAUAAAAAAAUGAGAAUCGAAGAAUCAGCCUUGGUUGCUCAAGCCUACGCGCUGAAAGAAGAGAAUCACAGCCUCCGCUGGCAGCUGGAUGCCUACAGGAAUGAGGUCGAGCUGCUGAAGCAGGAGAAAGGUCACCUCUUUCGGGUGGAAGAAAACCUCACUAAGGACCAGCAGCUGCAGUUUCUGAAGCAAACCAUGCAGGGGAUGCAGCAGCAACUGCUAAAUAUCCAGGAGGAGCUGAACAACAAAAAAUCCGAACUGGAACAUGCAAAGGAAGAACAAACACACACACAGGCGUUACUUAAAGUUCUCCAGGAACAACUGAAAAGCACCAAGGAGCUAGUGGAGACCAGCGGCGUCAACCACGAGGAGGUGAAUGAAAUCAACGUGUUGGCGGUUGCACUGGGCAACCAAGACCGAGAGAAUAAUCCGGAGAAAAGAGGUCCAGGCCUAAAAUCCGAAAAGGAGGCCCUCCUGAUAGGGAUAAUAUCGACGUUUCUUCACGUCCAUCCUUUCGGAGCCAACAUAGAAUAUCUGUGGUCGUACAUGCAGCAGCUGGACACCAGGAUAUCUGCAAAUGAAAUCGAAAUGCUCCUGAUGAGGCUGCCACGGAUGUUUAAGCAGGAAUUCUCGGGCGUGGGAGCAACGCUGGAAAAAAGAUGGAAGUUCUGUGCCUUCGAAGGAAUUAAAACGACCUGACCGAACGGCUGAACCGGAAGAGAGGCAGCCUUCCUAGACCGUGGCAGGGCCAUAAAAAUCUGAAAGCCGGGUUUGGAGUGAGGACAUGAAGCUACAUUUGCCGAGCCAUCAGAGCCUGAUUUUCGUUCCAUCUGUGGCAUUCGCCCGUGCGGGGAGCGGAGACAGAACCGCGCACCAGUUCCUAAAUAAAAAGAGCUUCGAACGUCGGCAGAUCUCUCUGCUGUGAAAAGCGAAAAGGCAAGAGCGGGAUUCGAAAAUACGCUACAUCCGAGAGCGGCUCGCCAAUCAAAGCAUAGAGAUCGAGUCGCAGCCGUUGCUAAGCUACAGAGAUGUAGCGGCUGUGCUGUGUAGCUGAAAUCAUUAAGUGACAUUUUCCAGAAAAAUCUCUCGUUCUGUUUUCAGAUAGAUGUAAUUUUCCCGUGAGAAGAGAAUCGUACCGAAAGAAAGCUCGGCGACGUGACGAAACGGUUAUUGUCUUUUGUAAAUUAAGUUAUAUGCUGUUCCAGGGAUUUUUUGCCUUAUCGAAAGAGGCCUAAAACGUUGAUCGAUCUCCUUGAGAAUGCUUUAUUGAGAAUAUUAUUUUUCUAACGGAACAAUUCUCCAUCCUAAAUUGUUUUUUGCAUUGGCUACGCAUCAACUUUCAUAAAAUGUAAAUAACGAGAAAGCCAGUGUUACCGUCUUGUACUUGGUAUGUAAUAUUCAGGUUUAUGCAUCGAAGUGAGUGUUCAGUUGCUUUAUUGUUAUAAACUUUUCUAGCGAAAUCUUAAUUUUUUUCAAUAAAUACAACUUCUACCAUCAGGGUUUACUACGCUAUUCCUCUGACGUUUUCCAACGGUUACUUUUUGAAAAAGGACCUCCUCUCUCCGUUCUCGCCCGGGUUCUAGCCACGCCAUUGAAAUUUAGCAACUUUUCACAGUAUAGAAGGUUCAGAUGAGGGAAAAUCUCAAUGUGCGAAGUGGCUAAAAUGAAAGAAGAACCGCGUUGUUGUUUUUUUCCAGUGGGAAGUCCGAGAGGGGAGAUUAUGCGUUUGUUAGACGGAGCAGAUAUUGGUUCAAAAUAUCUAGACAAGGCAACCAAAUUUAUGGAAAGUUAAUUUCAUGUUCAAUGUUCUGCCAGAUAGACCCGAUGUAACCAGUUCGUCGCUCUUGUUAACUCCCAGAUAAAGUGUCUGUGAUUUGAAUCGGAUAUGGGAUUAAAUAAUAUGCAUCCGGCCUGAAUUUUUCUAAGGGAGAAAUGUUUUCUUCAUGGUUUUUUUGGUUUCAUCACUUGUGGAAUGUGGUUUUAAAUAAUAAAGCAAUUAAAAUAAUUGCCUCCAG